AUCUCGCGAUGAUGCAGUAUGGCGUACCAGGAAGGGGAGUCGCUGGAAUCAUGGCUCAACAAAGCCACCCAUCCCACCAACAGGCAGGAAGACUGGGAAUAUAUUAUUGGGUUCUGUGAUCAGAUUAAUAAGGAACUAGAAGGUCCACAGAUAGCUGUACGACUGCUUGUUCACAAAAUCCAUUCACCUCAGGAAUGGGAGGCACUUCAAGCUUUAACAGUGCUAGAAGCAUGCAUGAAAAACUGUGGGAGAAGGUUUCAUAACGAAGUAGCCAAAUAUAGGUUUUUAAAUGAGCUGAUCAAAGUUGUUUCACCCAAGUACAUGGGUGACACUGUGUCACAGAACGUGAAGACUAAGAUUAUUGAAAUGCUGUACAGCUGGACGGUAGCCUUCCCCAACGAGGCCAAAAUAAGUGAUGCGUACCAAACACUGAGGAGACAAGGACUCGUCUCAUCAGACCCAGAGCUGACAGCAGACAAAACUCUGAUCCCAUCCCCACCCACGCGCCCCAAAAACCCCGUCUUUGACAAUGAGGACAUGGGCAAGCUGUUGGCGGAGCUUCUGCGAAGCAAGAAUCCAGAGGAUUUGCAGGAAGCCAACAGACUCAUCAAGAACAUGGUGAAGGAGGACGAUGCCCGGGUGCAAAAGCUGACCAAGCGCUUGAACACGCUAGAGGAAGUGAACAACAACGUGAAGCUGCUGGGAGAAAUGCUGAGUCACUAUGACAGAGACAGGUCAUCAGAUGCUGACCGUGAGCUCAUCAAGGAGCUGUAUGACCGAUGUGAUAAGCUGAGACGCACAGCUUUCAAACUGGCCACAGAAACAGAGGACAAUGACACGAAUUUAGGUGAUAUACUGCAGGCCAAUGAUGACCUGGCGAGAGUCAUCAGCUUGUAUAAGAAGGUUGUGCAGGGGGAGAGUGAUGGGACGGAGAAUGAGGAGCACAAACCUGCACCCAGAGAAGGAUGUGAAACAACAGGCACAUUGAUUGAUCUGGCUGGCCUCGAUGAACCCUCUCCUCCUCAAACGGCUCCGCCCCCUCCGAGCGCCAAUACCUCCUCCACCAACCCGCUUGCCUCAAACAUUCCUGUGCUCCCGCCUCCUCCACGCAGAGUGGCUGGCAGUCAUGGAGGCCAUGGCAGUCAAACCAGCAGCCCCAACCACAAAGCCUCCGAGCACUCAGCCGCUCUCUCUCUGCUUGAUGAUGAGCUUCUGUCCUUAGGCUUGAAUGAUCCUCCUCCGGUGCCCAGCAGACCUAAGCUAGAUGAAGUAUCAAACCAGUGGACAUCCUUACAGGCUCCUGAUCCUGGGCUGGACCUGUUUGCUGGUGUAGCAGCACCAAGUGCUGCGUUCCCUCCAGCACACACCACAGCACACACUGCAAACCCCUCCACAGUUGGCCAGGGGCUGCAGGACCUCUCCAUGAUGCACUUCGGGGAGGUGAAAGGCGUUUCUAGUCAAAGUGGCAUUGCUGGUGGUAGUUUUGGUUUCCCCGGUGCAGCUAUUGGCUCCAUGCCCGCCACACUCUCCUCCUCUAACCCGUUCAUCAGCUCUCCAGUGCCAGGCUCUCCUGCACUGUCCCGAGCCCAGGCUCAGGCCGGACACUCUGCACCAGGCAGUCCUCUGUUCCGCCCGCCCCUUUCGCCCUUGCACUCUCUGCAGGGAAGCCCUGUCCGUGGCCUGGAGCCAACACUAUCCAACGUCCAUGUGCCACUGGACUCCAUCCGGCCCAGUAAAGCUCUACCUGUGACGGCCUAUGAUAAAGAUGGAGUUCGUGUUCUGCUGCACUUUGCUACUGACUGCCCCCCCGGCAGACCUGAUGUUUUGGUUAUUGUGGUGUCCAUGCUCAACACGGCCCCAUUACCUGUUCAGAACAUAAUGCUACAGGCAGCCGUGCCAAAGUCUAUGAAGGUGAAGCUUCAGUCUCCAACAGGAACAGAGCUUGCACCCUUUAAUCCUGUCCUGCCCCCUUCCUCCAUCACACAAGUCAUGCUCCUGGCUAACCCACUGAAGGAGAAGGUACGUUUGCGUUAUAAGCUGAUGUUCCUGCUGGGGGAGAGGCAGUAUUGUGAAGUUGGAGAGGUGGACCAGUUCCCUCCAGCCGAGAGAUGGGGAAACCUCUAGAUCCAAAACAGCAUCUGCUACUGCAGAACCAGAACCAAAACCAGAACCAUACACACACAAAACACACGCGCUCUGCCAGAGGUGAGACGAGAGACGAUGUGUUGCUCCGAUCUCUCUACCAGGCCAACCAUAAAACGUCUUUUAUGACAUUUAUUUGUUCCUUAUUAUCUUAUUAAAGCUGUGAAUUAUAUGACAAGUAUUAUCGGUGAUCAGAUUAAGCCCAGUACUUCUACUUCCCAUUGCUCUGUGCUAAAAUGCUAAUGCUAAUCCAAAGCCUCACAUGGCACUGGGGUCUCUGCACAAACAACAAGAGGUUUCCUGUUGACUGCAGAUAUGAACUGACUGCUGUUUAAUGCAACUCAUCAAUCGCAGUGUGCAACAGACUCAGUUACACUGGAAAUAACCAUGUGCUGCUACUGGUUGGCCUCUCUCUCUGUCAGAGUUUAUAGAGCAAAGCCAGAUUUGUGUAUUGUGCUUCGUGGAGCUUCGGCUGUUGUUUCUAGGGGUGCAAAGUCACUGAUCUCACAACGAUUUCAUUAUAACUGCUUAGGAAAUGAUUCAGUGCAUCAUGAAAUCUUACAUCAUUUGAGUCAAUUCAGAAUCAUUUUUCAAAAAUACUUAAUAUACAAAUGGGACUAAAGCAAUUAUUUAGAAUUAUUUUAAAAAGCCUGGCGUCUGUCUCACAAAGCAUGUUCAGUUUAGACAGGGUUACAGAUUAAGUUUCAGCUUCACAAAACCUAAUGAUUGCAGAUGUGGUUAACAUGUGUUACAAUGGCAGUGAACAGCUUAUCCUGAUAAGGAAGGUUUAGCUACUCAACAGGGUUAUAAUUAAUUAUAACGAGUAAGAUUAAUGUGCGUGCACAGGAACAAAUAACGUUUAGGACAAUUAGCCAAUUGAAUGAAAUAUGAGGAGUUUUUUUUUAAAGGAAAAGAAAUACAACAUAAAUAUGCAGCAUGUAAAGCAUUUACAGUGUUAAAAAGCAAUGCUGUUGCCACUGUCACUGAGUUAGUGCUUAUCGGAGUAAUAACUGCUAAUUACGUUAAUAAUAACUCCUUGUUGGUGAAAAAAUUGCUUUCUCAUAAAGCAGGAUGUCUUGUGUACACAGCCGAGUUAAAGUUCAGUUUAAUCUAAGACUGGAUUUUCUGUCUCAUGACAGUUGUUCACUUUUUACCAGGCUACAUUAAGAGACCCUUAUUAGUCCCAAAUAUUUCACCUCCGCAUUCAACCCAUCCGUGAAGUGAAACACCACAUACACUCUAGUGAGCACACACACGCUAGGGGGCAGUGAGCACACUUGCCUGGGGAG